AUGGUAGCUACGACCGAGACGUUGCAAGAUGGCGGUAACAAUACUCAACGCAAUCGAGUGUCGGCGAUGACAGGGCUGAAAAAAUUCUGUGGCAAGGAUCGAGAUGAAGAUCGGGCCAGAAGCUGGACCAGCAAGGUCAAAUCGGCCUCCUUGCGCGAUCAAGCACCCGAUGAGGAGAAGUGUUUGGUAUUCGGAGAUCUGCUGACAGGACCCGCUCGAAACUGGUACAACCAACUAGGUCGAUCCACUCGAAAGAAGUGGCAGAGAUUGCUAAAUGAGUUCAUCGUACAGUAUGAAGAGCAAGGAGUGUCUCUGGCCAGACAAAGCUAUCUCGCACGGAAUCGAUCGGAUGAAAAUCCACAGGAGUAUCUACACCGCCCGAAUGUCGCGGCAAGGCAAGCCAAGAUCGUGAUCGGAGACGAGCGGAUGGCCACAUCAGACAUACGUCGUGAGCAUGUGGAGCAUUUCAUUGCCACAUUGGACGAUCGCGAUCUGGCCAAGCAGCUGACCCUACUACGAUUGGCCAAUGUCAAUGAGUUAGAUGAGACGCUACGUGCAUGCCAAAAAAAGAAGAGACGUCAGUUGAAGACGUCGACAGGAUCGAACGAGUUCCACCAGCGAGCGAAUGCCUCCCCAAAUCCUAUGCCAUUCAAGAAUUCUCGGGCGGUGAGGGCAAUCUGUAGGCGGAUCGAAAGUAGCGGAUCGGAAUUGGACUCGAUUGAUUCGGAUGAAGACAAAAAUCGCCGCCGAGUUUGUGUGACCACUACAUCUGGUCAAGAGAGAUCUGAUAAAGAUCAUCGUACCUGGCAGAAGAAUACUGGUGAAGAAGAUAGACGUGAUCGAGGUGGAAAAUAG